UACCAGUAAAAUACUGUAUUAAACUUCUUUUUUAUACUCCUCUGUUUAGAACUUUUAUAUUUUGUUUUGCUCGUUGUUUUUCUUUGUUUUGCUUUCUUUUUAUAAUUUUCUUGAUUUUGUAUGUUUCCUUUGUAAACGCACCAUCAUUCUGAUGUGUGCUGCUGAUCUAAAAUAGUAUGUUCAAUAAAGUUUAGUUCAGUUCAGGAAACUGCGGUACAUGAAGUACAAUAAAAUUGGCACCAUAGUGAUUGGAUAGUGAGCAGUAGUACUUAACCAAUCAACAUACACAAUCAUCUGAUUGGUCAAAUUUCCAACAAUCAAAUUGUGAAUAAUAAGUAGAUGAAAUAUACCUGUAUAAAACAGAAUUUAAUUUAACAAUGAGGAUCAUUCACAAUAUUGGAUUUCUUAAAUGAAGAUUACAAUAGCUAGCAUUUGAGACAAGAAGUAAUUUGUAAAGUAUCAGUUUUAGUUAUCAAACGCAACGAUGGUGGCAAAUGAAAGCUCGAUUUUUGAAGGGUUCUCUGUUGAAUUUUACUUCAAAUGUGUAACUACAUUUUUGGGACUUCUUUUCAAUCUUUUAAUCAUGAUUAUGAUUCUUAAGUUCAAGAACUUGCAGACUAUACCAAAUAUUUUUAUUUUUAAUCUUGCUUUACUGGACUUUUUGAACAUGAUUCCGUUCAUGUUGACAAGCAUAGCUUUUGACGCGUUAUCUAUCUUGUCUGUGGAAUUUGGGUUUUGUCUGUUUUACUAUGUACUAGAUGUAUGGGUAAAUUUUAACAUUGUUUACAUUAUUGUCACAUUGACCAUAGAUAGAUACUUUGCCAUCGUACAUUGCAUAUCAUUGCGACAGUACCAUACCAAAAGAAAUGCCAGAAUUGCAUGUGUGCUAACAUGUUUGAUGUCAAUUGGCAUUUCUAUACCUAUGUUGCUUGAAGUAGAUGUGUAUGAAUAUGACGGGACAAAUUAUUGUAUCUUCAAUAAAAACUUGGAAUUGUACAGAUUCAUUUUGAACUACUUGAUACCAUUGGUCAUCAUGAUUAUCUGUUAUGUUUUCAUCAUUAAAGUCAUGGUCUCAUCACAGCAGAUUGAUAGGAAUAAUACCACACGAAAACAUUCAAAACGUGUAUUCAUUCUCGCUCUCACUAUUGUCAUUGCGUAUGUGAUACUGUUUACACCAUAUUUUAUCUACGACCUGCUGGUGUAUUUUGACAGACAAUUCUAUGAACAAGCGUUUCACAGUAUAUCUGUCUGGAUGCAGUAUUCUCACAGUGUAAUAAAUCCUAUUCUGUAUACUUUUAUCGGAAAGAAUUUUAAAAAGGAUCUUUUAAAGACCUUUCAGUGCUUAGAUGCUGCUCCGUGUAGACCAGAUUUUCAAGUUCAAUCAAGAUUUGCCAGCAGAUCUUCUAACCGCUUGACAUUAACUACCAGCAAUCCAAGUUUAGAAGUGCGGUCUAAAAUGUAACAAGAAGUUGAAGGAAAAUUAACUUCCUCUUUAAAAGCAUCAUGUAGGUAAGAAAGAUUAUCUACAGUUAACGAGUCCAAGCACCUUGUUUAAAUCAAGGCAAGUUUGGAAACAUAAGAAUAGUGCAAAGCAAAAGUGCUCAACAUAUGACUGUUGAAAAGUUCUCAAGUUGACUGUACUUUGUAGUUGCAAUGGACAUUUCACCUACUGUGAAAUUAUAUCAGUAAACCCUUAACACCAGGCUCCAGCUAAGAAAAUAUUGAAAUAGUUGCCUUUUAAGUCACUUUUCUGCAUUCUGAGAGACCACAUGACUUUUUACAAAUUUUUAGAUUUUUUCUGUGUGAUAUACAGUACAGUACCGUACUCGCGCGAAUAAGCGCCCUGUUUGAAUAAGCGCCCCUAUCGAAUAA